AUGCCCGCAGGAGUGUCGUGGUUUCGCUACUUAAGUUUUUUUACCGCUGCGACUUUGACCAUGUUGGCGGGAGCGCAAACCGUUCAUAUUUACUAUAAACCUCUAAGUGAUCUAGACAAAUACAUUGAGGAAGAAAUGAAAAAACGACGUAUAUAGUUUUUUUUAUUAUUAUUUACUGUAAUGUAGAAAAAAUACAAAUAUUUAAAGUAA